AUGUCUUCGGUUGUGGGUGAACAUGCUCUCCUCUGGAUAGGCCUAGCCCUAUGCGCCAGUGUCGUCACAUUUUUGAGCCUCAACCAGCGCCAGCGAGACGUAAUCAUCCAACGACUACAACUCAGAGGUCGUCGAGCGUCCAGCGCGAGCACGCCACCCCGAUCACUUUCUCCCGAUAAGAAGGAUCCGUCCAACGCGCCACCCAAGUCCACCGAGUAUGUCAACACGUUUCCACCCUCAAUACGAGAGGGCCUCGAAGAAGCCACGGCAAAAUUACCACCAGCCCAGCGCGAAGCCAUGGGGGAUCUAUUUUUUGACGAGAAAACCUGGCACAAGUCCAUCUUGGGUUUCGACGAGGACUUCCGCACCGCCGACCCGAGCAAGUAUGUGUUCACCGGGGUGAAGAUCCAGGAAAUCCGUGCGCUGGGUGAUUUUCCAGACUACUCGACUCUGAGCGGUGUACCGUUGCCUGAGCCAUAUCUGGAACACGACAUCGACAAGGCUCUCCCCCGGCCCUACCGUCCAUUCCGAUGGGCGUAUCAUCAAACCAUGUCCUUGACCAAACUAGAACCAAAUUGGUGGCUCGAACUCGAAAACACAUACCGCACACGUAUCGCCCAGCGCAAGAAACUGUACGCCGAACACGGCGAGGCCGUCUUGCAAUGGCUCCCUGGCUCGGAGCUGGCGUGCAAAGAGCUCAUGGAAAUGUGCCUACAGUUCCUCUGCGCCAGGUACCCGCAGUACUUCACAUUGCACGAAGACAAGCGCACCUUUGAGAACAAGAUCCUCAAGACGACACAGGACGUCAAGGCCAAGCACCCGCUGUUGGUGUUGCUGGACAACGUGCCCGAGGAUUUUGCGAUCACGCUCCGAAACCCAGAGACGGGGUACUACCACUUCCGCGCCGGCAUGAUCUGCAGCGCCCUGGGCUGGAACGUCGGCACCAAGAUAGGAAUGCAACUCGCCCAGAUCCACGCUCCCAUUCCGGACUACAAGGAGAAGAUGCAAUUUAGUAUGGAUAGAUUCUUUACCAAAAUGCCCGCCAACAAACCCAUCCAACGUGGGUCCUGGGGUCUCGAAGUCGACCAGCCGCUGUACAUGCCUCCGGGCGACCCCCACGAAAAGUACCGCGACUUCCAGAUGCCCGACCUGGACCUCGAGCGCAUCCACCUCCGGGUCGACUGGCAGACGCUCCGCCGGCUGCCGCUGAGCGGCGGCAUCGUGUUCAACUUCAAGGCGCUCUUCACCCCGCUGACCGAGUUCCGCGACGAGGCCUACGUGCCGAGCCUCGUGCUCAAGGUGCUCCGCGAGGGCAAGGAGAACCUCAUGAAGUACAAGAACACCUGGCACGUCGAGCACAAGGUCCUCCCGGCCCUGGAGGAGUACGAGGCCGAGCAAAUGGCCAACGGCCUCGUCGAGAAGGACUGGCCCGUCCACACGCUCGACGACAGCCCGUACUUCCCCGGCUGGAGGGAGAAGUGGGGCGCCAGGCAGGGCUGGAUUCCGAAGGACAUGUCUCCUGCUCAAUAA